AUGUUCAAAUUAACAAUAUUUUGCCUAUUUAUCUGGAUAUUAAACGUUAAUUCCUUUCCUCACGAAAAUUUUAAAUCAGAUGACGAGCUCGUUGUUACAUUAAAUCAUGGAGGAAAAGUCCGAGGUACAGAAGAAACAACAGAUGCCGGCCAAAAAUUUCUUUCGUUCAAAGGUAUCCCUUACGCUAAGCCUCCAGUUGGCGACCUUCGACUAAGAAAUACCCAGCCCCAUCCUGGAUGGGCAGGAACCCGAGAUGCCACAAAGCACGGUUCAAAUUGCAUUGGUCAACAAAUGUUCAGUGAAUCUGUGACUGGAUCAGAAGACUGUCUCUUUUUGAAUGUCUAUGUCCCAAGACUUGAGUCUAAGGAAAAACUUCCAGUGAUGUUUUGGAUUCAUGGUGGCUCAUUUAAAAGUGGCUCUGGCGAUUCUGAAUAUUAUGGACCUGAAUUUUUCAUGGAGGAAGAAGUCGUUAUAGUAACAAUCAAUUAUCGUUUGGGAUUUCUCGGAUUUUUUUCAACGAACGAUAAAGCAGCGCAAGGAAAUUACGGCUUGAAAGAUUGUGUGGAAGCUCUAAAAUGGGUUCAAAAUAACAUUGAAGCAUUUGGUGGCGAUCGCGAACAAGUAACAAUUUUCGGAGAAUCAGCUGGAGGAGCAAGUGUUCAUUAUCUAACACUUUCACCAAUGGCAAACGGUUUAUUUCGAGCAGCAAUUUCUCAAUCUGGUUCCGCACUUAAUCCAUGGUCGUUUCAAGAUGAUCCAAAACGUAUUGCUUACGAAGCAGGGACAUUUUUAAAUCUAACGUUUUCGAAUACAGAAGAACUUGUUAAAGGAAUUCGGGAAAUUGAUGAUCCAAAGAUUUUUGUUAAAUUUGUAGGAGUCGCAGAGGACAAUCAAUUACCCGCAUUUCUGCAACCUAUUCCAUUUUCACCUUGUGUAGAGCCAGAAGAUUCUGAAGAGACCCGAUUUUUGACAGAAACACCCUUGACCAUAAUUCAAGAGAAAAAAUUUAACAAAAAUAUCAAGUACAUUUCUGGAAGUAACGAUAAAGAAAUGCUCUUAGGCAUUCCGCAACUCAAUGCAAAUCCGAAUUUCCUACAAAAACUCAACGAAAAUCCACAUUUCUUACUUCCUUACGAAUGGCAUAUUGAUCCAGAUAGCGAAGCGGCCGCUGAUAUAAUAGAUAACAUUCGUAAAGUAUAUUUCCAUGGGCAAAACAUCACUGAUACUAUGGAUUUUAUAAAAUAUUCCACUGAUCGCGUUUUUGGUUAUGGUAUUCAAAAAACGGCACAGUUACAUUCUCAAAGUCACGAAGUUUUUUACUACAUUUUCUCGUUCGGUGGGGAUUUAAAUAUUUUUAAGAAACUUGCAUCAUUGGAGCAGUACGAAGGAGCUGCCCAUGCCGAUGAACUGGGAUAUCUAUGGAAUUUCAAAGCAUUACCUUCUGUUUCAGCAGAAAGUCCAGCAGCAACUGUUCGUACUCGAAUGGUAAAAAUGUGGUCAAAUUUCGGCAAAUUUGGUAAUCCAACUCCGGAACAAAGUGAAUUAAACGUCAUUUGGUCAAAUCUUCAAUCCAACCUCGAAUACUUGAACAUUGAUGGUGAUUUGGAAUCCAAAGAGGAUCCUUUCAGCAAACGAAUGGCCAUGUGGCGAGAAAUGGAUCAAAAAUACAACAAAAAAUAAACAACAUUCCUCCGCAUAUUCUCAUAUGGCACAUAUUUAUCAAUAAUUCAAGUGAGAUCGGGAUUUUUUUUCUCUUUGAAAGAAUAUGAAAGAAACAAAAUGCAAAUAAAUCAAAGCAAUAUAUCGGCGAUCAAAAUUAUUAUCUACAAGGCAAAUUGCUUGCACUUUGCUCUCAUCACGUUAUUAUUAUGUUUUGUUGGUGCUGUCUUAAGAGGCGUGUAAGCGUUGAAGGCGCGCAUUAAUAAAAUAAUAUUAUUAUAUUGAAUCAUGUUGAUGAUCAAAGGAAAGAAAAGGCAAAAAAUAAAAAUAAACGAAACAAC